CGGGUCAGUGAGCCCGGCUAGGCGGGGCCGCGUGGGCAGGCCGCCGCCCCCGGGCCCUCUUCGGCCCCGGCUGCCCUAGAGCAGGCCUGGCCGGCCUGAUCCCCGAGGGAGGCCACCCGCGAGGGGAGAGGCGUGCGGCCCGCAGAGAAGGGUCCAGCCGGACUGGAGAGCGGGAUGCUGAGGUGUUCAAGAAUAGCCCAUGGAAGGAUCAUAUGAAGAGGUGGUAAUUAAAGUCAUACAGCAGGCGUGGACAUGUUUGGAUUUCCAACAGCUACCCUGCUGGAUUGUCAUGGAAGAUAUGCGCAGAAUGUAGCAUUUUUCACAUAUUGGUGCAUCUUACAUGACUUCCCUCUCAUUUUACCAGAUGUGAUGACAGAAGCCCACCACAAAUAUGAUCACUCUGAGGCCACAGGAUCCUCAAGCUGGGAUUUCCAGAAUUCUUUCAGAAGAGAGAAGCUGGAACAAAAAUCCCCAGAUUCUAAGACACUACAGGAAGAUUCACCUGGAGUGAGACAGAGGGUCUAUGAGUGUCAGGAAUGUGGAAAAUCCUUCAGGCAAAAAGGCAGUCUAACCUUGCAUGAGAGAAUCCACACUGGUCAAAAGCCCUUUGAGUGUACCCAUUGUGGAAAAAGCUUUAGGGCCAAAGGCAAUCUUGUUACACAUCAGCGAAUACACACAGGAGAGAAGCCCUAUCAGUGCAAGGAGUGUGGGAAAAGCUUUAGUCAACGAGGUAGUCUGGCUGUUCAUGAAAGACUUCAUACUGGACAGAAACCCUAUGAGUGUGCUAUCUGUCAGAGAAGCUUCAGGAAUCAAAGUAACCUUGCUGUUCAUAGAAGAGUGCACAGUGGAGAAAAGCCCUAUAGAUGUGAUCAGUGUGGAAAAGCCUUCAGUCAGAAAGGAAGCUUAAUUGUUCACAUCAGAGUCCACACAGGCCUGAAACCCUAUGCCUGCACCCAGUGCAGGAAGAGUUUCCACACCAGGGGCAAUUGUAUCCUGCAUGGCAAAAUCCACACAGGAGAGACACCCUAUCUGUGUGGCCAGUGUGGGAAAAGCUUCACUCAGAGAGGGAGUCUGGCUGUGCACCAGCGAAGCUGCUCACAAAGACUCACCCUUUGACCACCCUCUUCAAAGGAAGUUCUCUUUAUGAAUUAAAAGUUUAAAAAAAAAAAAAAACUCAGAUCAAGCAACCUAUCCAAUGCUAUGGAAUGAAUGGAGACUCUUUCAGAAAGACCAUCACUGGGUAGAGCAAACUGACUUUUCUCCUUUCCCCCAAAUAAGUAUGAAAAAUAAAUGUCUUGUUUAUUAUCAUUAUCA